UUUAAUCUCACAGGCACUGGGCAGCCAGCGAAACCCUGGGAGGGAGCCACUUUCACUAGCUCACAGUGUCCUGACCCAAAGCAGACUUGUAGACUUGUAACUCUGCUCUCUCCAGCCUCUGCUUGGGGCUAAAGCUCGCUGUCAGAAUCCUGCCUUCGCCAGCCUGUGGAAAGCUUCCCAGGAGCUUUUGGGUGUGCUCUGCUGCUGAAGCUGAACACAAAUGUCUUUCGGGUGCCUGGGAUUUUAAAACAAGGCAGGAGGCAUGGCUCUCUCUCUAUGGCUGAGAGGCCUGGUCGGCCAGGCCCUGAGGAGUUCCUGGAGAGUCUGCAGGAUUCACACGCAGCCGCCACCUCCCCCUAUCCCUGAGGUGGCCACGUGGGAGGCCAUCAACCUGGGGAGGCAGCCGGUGCCCGAGUACUUCAACUUCGCCCAUGAUGUGCUGGACGUGUGGACUCAGCUGGAAAAGGCAGGACACCGGCCCCCAAAUCCUGCAUUCUGGUGGGUGAAUGGCUCAGGAAAAGAAGUCAAGUGGACAUUUGAGGAGCUGGGGAAGCAGUCCAGGAAGGCAGCCAAUGUCUUAAAGGGUGUGUGCGGCCUGCAGCCUGGAGACAGAAUGUUGCUGGUGCUUCCUCGACUCCCAGAUUGGUGGCUGAUCAGUGUGGCUUGUAUGCGAACAGGUGUGGUCAUAAUCCCAGGUGUCUCCCAGCUGACAGCAAAGGAUCUCAAGUACAGGCUGAAGGCAGCCAGGGCCAAGUCUAUCGUCACUAGUGAGUCCCUAGCUCCACAAGUGGAUGCCAUCAAUGCUGACUGUCCCUCCCUCCAAACCAAGCUUCUGGUAUCUGACACCAGUCGUCCAGGCUGGAUCAAUUUCCGGGAACUCCUGAGGGAGGCGUCUACAGAGCACAGCUGUGUGAGAACCAGGAGUCGAGAUUCUGUGUCCAUCUACUUCACCAGUGGAACCACAGGGGCCCCCAAGAUGGUGGAACAUUCCCAGUGCAGCUAUGGAUUGGGAUUUGUGGCCAGUGGAAGGAGGUGGAUGGCCUUGACUGAAUCUGACAUAUUCUGGAACACAACUGACACAGGUUGGGUGAAGGCAGCCUGGACCCUCUUCUCUGCCUGGGCCAACGGAGCUUGCAUUUUUGUGCAUGAGCUGCCUCGAGUUGAUGCCAAAACAAUUCUAAAUACGCUCUGCAAGUUCCCAAUAACUACCCUUUGCUGUGUUCCAACCCUCUUCCGGAUGCUUGUACAAGAGGAUUUGACAAGGUACAAGUUUCAAAGCCUGAGGCACUGUUUGACUGGAGGAGAGGCCCUCAACCCUGAUGUGAGGGACAAGUGGAAGAGCCAGACAGGCCUGGAGCUCCAUGAAGGCUACGGACAGUCUGAAACAGUCGUCAUCUGUGGCAAUUCAAGAGGCUCGACAAUCAAGUCUGGAUCAAUGGGGAAAGCCAGCCCGCCUUAUGAUGUGCAGAUUGUAGAUGAGGAGGGCAAUGUCCUGCCUCCAGGAAAAGAGGGGAAUAUUGCUGUCCGCAUCAAACCUACCAGACCAUUCUGUGUCUUCAACUGUUAUCUGGACAAUCCUGAGAAGACAGCUGCAUCGGAACAGGGAGACUUUUACAUCACUGGGGACCAAGCCCGUAUGGACGAAGAUGGCUACUUUUGGUUCUUGGGGAGAAAUGACGAUGUAAUCAACUCCUCAAGCUACCGGAUUGGGCCUGUUGAGGUGGAGAGUGUGCUUGCUGAGCACCCGGCUGUCCUUGAGUGCGCCGUGGUCAGCAGUCCAGACCCCAUCCGGGGAGAGGUGGUGAAGGCAUUUAUAGUCCUUUCUCCAGCCUAUGUGGCUCACGACCCUGACGCCCUGACGAAGGAACUCCAGGAACAUGUGAAGACAGUAACUGCUCCAUACAAGUACCCGAGAAAGGUGGCUUUCAUUUCGGAACUGCCAAAGACAGUUUCUGGAAAGAUCCAAAGGAGCAAAUUGAGAAACCAAGAAUGGGGGAGAUGAGGUUCAAUCUAUGUGAUGCUCUGAAGAUUCUGAAAGAAGGAGCUGGGGUUGGCCAGCCCCUCCUUGGAACACUAUGCCUUCAAAGAAUAGGCGUGAAGACAGUCAGCUUCCAAAUGGGCAUUACGGGGCGAUGCUGAAAAAUUUGAGAGCACCCCUGGUCCAGGGCUCACAGCCACUGUCCAGUUUAGCAAAUGUCCAUGAUUUAAUGUCCCUCUCUAGAGUCAUCCUCAGCAUCUGUCCAUCGGUUUUACUAAGAGAAUCUUGCUGUUCCUGAAGCAUGUGGAUCACCACAACCUUAGAGCAUCUGCGGUCUCACUAUGCCAGUGGGAAUGUAAAAUGUGACCGUUGGAUGAAGCCAUUCGGUCACAGCAUCUACGCUAUAACAAGGGGCCAUACCCUUCCAUUUAGGAAUCACACCGUUGGGACUAUAAAAGAAGAGAUUCAGAAUGCAUAAAGUAUUUGAUAGACAAAGAUAUUCAGGGACGCAUUGUUUUAAACUGAAAACACGCACAAAUGCCAAAACGUGAUUAAAUCAAUUCACGCUA